CGCCAUGUCGGAGGGGCGGCCGCUGCGGCUGCUGGGCCUCCAUGGCUACCGGCAGAACGAGCGCCGUUUCCGGGAGCGCACCGGGGCGCUGCGCAAGGCGCUGCGCGGCCGCGUGGAGCUGGUGGCGCUGAGCGCGCCGCACCCCGUGCCCGGCGGCGGCGACAGCGACGACGACCCCCGCGGCUGGUGGUUCUCCGGGCCUGGCACCUUCGAGGCGCAGGAGGAGGCGGCGGCGCCGGCGGGGCUGGAGGAGUCACUGGCGGCCGUGGCGGUGGCACUGGCAGAGCGUGGGCCCUUCGAUGGGCUGCUGGGCUUCAGCCAGGGCGCGGCGCUGGCCGCCAUGGCGUGCGCACUGCGGGCCCGCGGCGACCCCCGCUUCCCCGUCACCUUCGCUAUCCUGGUGGCCGGCUUCGCCAGCCGCGCCCCGGCCCACGGCCACUUCUACCAGCAGCCCAUCGCCCUGCCCACGCUGCACGUCGUGGGCGAUGCCGAUGCCGUCAUCCCCCCCCGCCUCAGCCAGGAGCUGGCCCAGUGCUUCGUGGAGCCUGUCAUCCUCACGCACCCCGGCGGGCACUUCGUCCCGGCGGCCGCACCGCAGAAAAAGGCCUACCUAGACUUCCUGGACCGCUUCCGCCCCGCACAGGGACAGGCCGAGCUGCCAGGGGCUGGUGCCAUUUGAUAACAGCGUCUGUAAUAAAUGGGGCUCCGGUGAGCCACGCACAGCCUGUCAUCUGGGUCGAAAGCUCCCUCUACUCCUCUGCCAUCCAGGGGACCUUGUGAUCGUGCUCUGCUCAUUUGCAGUGAUAACGCAGCACCAGGCGUAACUCUCUUCCUUUUUAUUCCCCCCCCUCUUUUUUUUUCCCAACUUCAUUGUCUAGUUAAGUACAUGAAUAUGAGGAGUUUGAGGACAAAAAGGUGACACAGAUCUGCUUGUGGUGUGCUGUGGGCUUUUGGAAACUCGUGUAGCUGCUCAGAGGUAGGGCCCCACAACUCAGGGAAGGAAAUGGCUGCAGAGCUCACUGCUCUUGCAGCUUUAUAUCCCAAAGGUCCUUUUUCUUAAUAUCCGCUGUGAAAACUGUUAAGGCAACCUUGCAGCUGGGCUGGGUUUAGAAUUCUUUUUUUUUUUUUUUUUUUUUUUCCCCUCUGGCAGUGCCAGGGCUGCUUUUUGUUUCCUUCUCAGUAAUAAAGUCUUUGUGCUGAUUCAGCUGACACAAACUGA